AUGACAAGCGACCUCAUGCGGGCCACAGUGGCAGUCUCCGUGGCCGCCGGGAUGGUCUACGUGGCGUUCCAGCUGCAUCUACUUCCACGGUCCAUCGCAAGCGUCGUUAGCAGAGUGUACUUCUUCCCUACAUGGCCAUUAACGUACCUCUCACGAAGAUCUGCGUACUACACGCUGGUGGACUCGCAUGUGUUUCUCGGUGCUGCGCCGAUGGAGUUCAUGGGUCAUGUCUCGCAGAUGACAUCUCGGGGAGUGCGAGCAGUGGUGAACAUGUGCGACGAGUACGACGGGCCAGUAGAUGCGUACAAGAAGGCCGGCAUCUCGCACCUUCGCCUUCCAACGCCUGAUCACACGGAGCCGUCGUUGGCCAACAUUCGAAAAGCCAUCGAGUUUAUCGAGUUCCACAAAGCGCAAGGCUCACGAGUGUACGUGCACUGCAAGGCAGGCGCGGGUCGAAGUGCUGCCGUGGUGUUUUGCUGGUUGUUGCAGUCCACGGGGUGGAGCCUAGACGACGUCCACGAGUACUUAAGCGAUAAACGCCGAGUCCGGCGCCGACUCAAAACCCAGCCAAACGUGUUAGCAUUUUUCCACAGUCUCCCCGCCAACCAACAAAGUACUCUCUCGGAAUAACAACAUUUGAAACCAGUUUGUAAAGUGCAGUUCCAAGGUAGCCUUCAAGAAAUACUUCGAAGAAGGGCCACUGUGGCGGCCAGAUUGACAGCGAACGAAUCGACCAUUGAAAUUUCGAGUAGAACCCACAAUAUAUGGACUGGGUAAA